GCUAUAGCUUGGCUUGCGGAACAAGACGAAAUUGGGAAAGUGGAGAACUAGAGGCACACAAGAGAAACAGUCCAAAAGCACGGAAUGGACAUCAUGAAGAGCUCUAUAUAAGUCAGGCGUGAGGGAGGUCACUGGGCCACACUCCUUCACUGCAUCACAGAUCACCUUGCUGCAUCUUACACGAGGGUAAACAGCAACUAUCCAAAAUGGCCGGUCUAAACUUAUUACUUGGUUUGGCCAUCUUGGGUCUUUCCACGGCCCAGAAGCCUGUUGGCGAGGUCGAUAAUCACCCCAAGGUCACAACAUACAGAUGCACCGUUGCGGAUGGGUGCAAAGAGGCGACUAACUACCUCGUUUUAGACUCGUCUUCGCAUUGGGUUCACCAAGCCAGCAGCAAUGCAGGCUGCGGUAACUGGGGAAGCGGUCCCGAUCCCACAGCUUGCCCGACCGAGGAAGACUGCGCGAAGAACUGUGUUAUGGAGAGAACCCAAGAUUACAGUGCCAUCGGUGUGACGACCGAGGGUGACAAGUUGCACAUGGAACAGAUUAUCAACGGCAACGUUGUGUCUCCUCGGAUAUACUUGUUGAACGAAGCGCGAGACAAGUAUGAGAUGUUGAAGCUUACUGGCCAAGAAUUCUCCUUCGACAUCGACUCGACUCAUCUGCCAUGUGGCAUGAACAGUGCCCUUUACAUGGGUGAGAUGCUUGAAGAUGGAGGCAAGAGUGAUCUGAACCCCGGCGGUGCAGCAUGGGGAACCGGCUACUGCGACGCCCAGUGCUACGUUACCCCUUUCAUUAAUGGUGUUGGAAAUGUCGGUCAAAAGGGUGCUUGCUGCAACGAGAUGGACAUCUGGGAGGCCAACGCUCGAUCAACUCAGAUUGCCCCUCACCCCUGCAACCAGACUGGUCCAUACCUCUGCACCGGCGCCGAGUGCGCUGCGGGAGGCGUGUGCGACAAGAACGGCUGUGGUUGGAACACGUACCGACUGGACCAGAAGGAUUACUACGGAGAGGGCCCCGACUUCGACGUGGACACGACGAAGCCGUUCACUGUAGUGACGCAGUUCCCCGCUGACGCCGACGGAACUUUGACUGGCAUCCGUCGGCUAUACUUGCAGGAUGGCAAGGUCAUCAAGGCCAAGGUGAUUGAGAAGCAAGGCGUUCCGGCGGUCGAUCUCGAGACCGACGAUUACUGCAAGGCAACCGGUGCCACCGAUUUCAUGAGACUCGGCGCCAUGCCCGGCUUUGGCGAGUCGUUGACUAGAGGAAUGGUGCUCACAUUCAGUCUGUGGUGGGACGAGGGCGGUUUCAUGCAGUGGCUCGAUGGUAGCGCCCAAGGUGCCGGCCCCUGUAACGCGACCGAGGGUGAUCCCAAGAACAUCAGAAUCAUUGAGCCGGCGCCUCAGGUCACUUUCAGCAACAUGAAGUGGGGAGAGAUUGGAUCAACAUUCUCCGAGGCGUAGGUAGACUCGGAUCAGAGCGGAACUGCCGCCUGAGACGCACCCGGCGAACACUGGAUGAGGAAAGCGUCUGUAUCAAUAGACU